AUUCACGAGAAGAAGCAGUACGCGCUGCAGCGCGUGGAAAUAUUGCCAAAUAAAACAGAAAAACUAAAAACCGGCAUAAAAAAGCUUCAAUCGUCACCUCCGGUAUUCCACCGCCCCCCCUCUCUCCCUCUCUCUCUAUCUCUCUAAAAAACACAACACAUGUGACUGUAACGAACAACAACACAUCACCAAACUAUAAUCAUACAAUCUUAUUCGUGGGUUGUUUUUUUAUCCUUUUCAUGUUUCAUCAAUGGCGUCGAACAGAGUUCUAUCGUAUUUCAUCAGUUUAAGGAUGAAGAAAAGCAAUAUAUUCUUCAUGGCUCUCACCACCGUCUUAUGCUCGUGUUCUUAUCUACUCGGAAACUGGAAACUCGCCAACACCGCCACCGACUUCCGCCGUUCUACUCCCUGCAACAUUCAUUCAAAUGCCACCAGUGCCAUCAGGACACAAACUCCACUUGAUUUCAAUCCGCACCACGUAUCCGAUGACCUUGUAAACGCUUUACCGGUGGCGCGUGUGAAACAUAUCCCGCCGUGUAUACCGAAAUUCAGCGAGUACACGCCGUGCGAGGAUGUUGACCGAUCUUUAAAGUUUGACCGCGAGAGACUGGUGUAUAGAGAGAGACACUGUCCGGAGAAAUCGGAGGUGUUGAAGUGUAGAAUUCCGGCGCCGUACGGAUACCGGCAAACAUUCCGGUGGCCGGGGAGCCGUGACGCGGCGUGGUAUGCUAACGUGCCGCAUAAGCAUUUGACGGUGGAGAAGGCCGGUCAGAAUUGGGUGCGGUUUAAGGGCGACCGGUUUACUUUCCCCGGCGGCGGAACCAUGUUCCCGAACGGCGCCGGCGCCUACAUUGACGAUAUCGGAAAAUUGAUCAAUCUCCGGGAUGGGUCGAUCAGGACUGCCAUUGAUACCGGUUGUGGGGUUGCUAGUUUAGGAGCAUACCUUUUAUCUAGAAACAUUUUAACAAUGUCAUUUGCACCAAAAGACACUCAUAUUGCUCAAGUACAAUUUGCACUUGAACGAGGAGUUCCUGCCUUAAUUGGCAUUCUUGCUUCGAUUCGGUUACCUUACCCUUCUAGAGCUUUUGAUAUGGCACAUUGUUCUCGUUGCCUCAUCCCAUGGGGACAGUACGAUGGCUUGUAUUUAAUAGAAGUUGAUAGAGUUUUACGUCCAGGAGGAUAUUGGAUCCUCUCGGGCCCACCUAUCAACUGGGAAAGGCAUUGGAAGGGUUGGGACAAAACAGCGGAACAAUUCAAAGGAGAACAAGAUUUGAUUGAAAGUGUGGCGAAAAGCCUAUGUUGGAAAAAGCUAAUUCAAAAGGACGAUAUUGCCAUUUGGCAAAAGCCUACGAAUCAUGCUCAUUGCAAAAUCAAUCGUAAAAUCUUCAAGAAACCACAGUUUUGCAAAGAUCAAGAUCCUGACAUGGCUUGGUAUACGAAGUUGGAGACAUGUUUAACUCCACUACCGGAUGUUUCCAAUAUCAGAGAGACAUCUGGUGGUGGGCCGGUGGCAAAAUGGCCACAAAGAUUAACGUCAACCCCACCAAGAAUUAUUUCUGGUAGCGUUGGAGAAAUUACAGAAGAGGUUUUCAUAAACAAUACAAAUCUCUGGAGGACAAGGUUAUCAUAUUACAAGACACUAGAUCAACAAAUAGCAGAGAAGGGGCGGUAUCGUAAUUUACUAGAUAUGAAUUCUUACUUGGGAGGUUUUGCAGCCGCGCUUGUUAUCGACAAGGAUCCCGUGUGGGUCAUGAACAUUGUCCCAGUUGAGUCAAAUGUGAAUACUCUCGGAGUCAUAUACGAGCGUGGACUAAUUGGAACUUAUCAAAAUUGGUGCGAGGCGAUGUCUACUUAUCCAAGAACAUAUGAUUUCAUUCAUGCUGAUGCGAUUUUUAGCUUAUAUAAAGACAGGUGUGAAAUGGAAGAUAUAUUGUUGGAAAUGGACAGGAUUUUACGACCACAAGGAAGUGUAAUAAUACGUGAUGAUGUUGACUUUUUGGUCAAUGCAAAGACGAUUGCUGAUGAACUCAAAUGGGAAACAAGAUUGGUUGAUCAUGAAGAAGGGCCACUUGUGAGGGAGAAACUACUCAUUGCUACAAAGCAAUAUUGGACAGCUCCGACCCCUACCCAAAAUCAAUAACCAAAAUUCUAACAAAUUGUGAACUUCUAUUAUUGAUUUUGUAUAUCGUAAUAAUCUAUUAAUUAAUGCGUAUAUUUUAGAUCCUAAAAAAUCUCUAAUAAGUAUAUUGGAAACGAAAAGAGAAUCAUUUUUUUGGGAGAAUUGUAAAGGACAUGUUUGAGUGUUAUACUAUGUUAUUACUUAUUAGUGUGUAGUUUUGACUAUGCCAUGUUGGCAAUAUAAGAGUGUGGUGGUUUGAAGAUUAGGUUAAUAUUUUAUAAUUAUAAUAAAAGUAUAUUGAUUUCUUCUUUCUAUAA